UUGAAGUUUUUUUUUUCAGGAUAUGAAGAAGGUAGUCAUCCAUAUCUUUUUCUGGAUCAAGGAUUUGCCGCUGCUACCUCAUCGCUUGUUGCAACAACGUUAACUAAUCCGUUGGAAAUAAUGAGAUUACGUGUCCAGGUUCAGCGUGCGACUUACGUGGAAACAAUGCGGAGAAUGUGGUUUGAUGAGAGCUAUAGGAUAGUAACAAAAGGUCUUUUGCCACGAAUGAUCAACAGUUGCAUGUAUGCUACUGCUACGAUGCUAAUUUACGAGACGUUGAAAAAAACAUGUGUACUACCAGAAUAUGAGGGUCAAGUAAUUUGGUGA